AUGGGCACAAAGGUAGAGCAGUCUAAAGUUCUAAUUAAAGAAGGUGGUGUCCAGCUGCUUCUAACAAUAGUAGACACACCAGGAUUUGGCGAUGCAGUGGAUAAUAGCAAUUGCUGGCAGCCAGUUAUUGACUACAUUGACAGUAAAUUUGAAGAUUAUCUAAAUGCAGAAUCACGUGUGAACAGACGUCAGAUGCCAGACAACAGAGUGCAGUGUUGCUUAUACUUCAUUGCUCCCUCAGGACAUGGACUUAAGCCUUUGGAUAUUGAGUUUAUGAAGCGGCUUCAUGAAAAAGUGAAUAUCAUUCCACUUAUUGCCAAAGCAGACACACUUACACCUGAAGAAUGCCAACAGUUUAAAAAACAGAUAAUGAAAGAAAUCCAAGAGCACAAAAUUAAAAUAUAUGAAUUCCCAGAAACAGAUGAUGAAGAAGAAAAUAAGCUGGUUAAAAAGAUAAAGAGCCCCGCAGCAGCAGCUGUCUCCAUGGUCAAGAAGAGAAGCUUUGCAAAUGCAGAAUACACCACCCAUAGAAUAUUUGACACAGUUGAAGGCAUGAGCCCUCUGGCACAAAUGGAAGAAGAACGGAGAGAGCAUGUGGCAAAGAUGAAAAAAAUGGAGAUGGAAAUGGAGCAAGUCUUUGAAAUGAAGGUCAAAGAAAAAGUUCAGAAAUUGAAGGACUCCGAAGCUGAGCUCCAGCGACGUCAUGAGCAAAUGAAAAAGAACUUGGAGGCCCAGCACAAAGAACUAGAGGAAAAACGCCGCCAAUUUGAGGAUGAAAAGACAAACUGGGAAGCCCAGCAGCGUAUUUUGGAGCAACAAAAUUCUUCAAGGUAA